AUGACUGCUGAAAGAAGUUGGAUGUAUGCCCGUCUCAGAGAUGGUUUAUUCAAUCCCAUAUAUUUAGAGGAUAUCAAUGAAUUUAUAGAGAAGGCUAAGAACUGCCCAAAAUAUUUAAAUGGCGAUCAGAUUCGCUGUCCUUGCAAUCGAUUUAAGUGUCAGAACCGUAGCUUUCAAAAUGAAAAUACAGUUAAAUAUCAUUUAAUGAAGCAUGGUUUUGUGCAAAAUUACCUUGUUUGGUAUUUGCACGGUGAAACUGAUGUGCAUGACGGAUAUGAUGAUACACUAUUAGACAUGUCUUAUGGUUCUGACAUUGUUAAUCACCCAAAUUUCAGUCGGUUUGAGGAUAUGGUCAUGGAUGUAAUAAGCUGUCAUGUAAUACAUAAUGAUACAUAUGAGAUGCCAAACUCCGCUGCACAGAAACUGUAUGAUAUGUUAAAUGCAUCUAAGCAAGAACUAUGGCCUGGAUGUGAAACUCACUCCCAGUUAUCAGCUGCUUCACGUUUACUAAAUCUAAAGGCGGAACAUCAUUUCUCAGAACGGUGUUUCGAUCAGAUAUGUGAACUUAUGAAGGAAAUGUUACCGAGUGACAAUGUCAUGACGGACAGCUUUUACUCAAAAAAGAGACUAGUCCAAGGAUUGGGGCUUCCUGUACAAAAGAUACACUGUUGUAUUAAUGGUUGUAUGAUUUAUUGGAAAAAUGAUCAAGAACUUACAAGAUGCAAAUUUUGUGACCAUGAAAGGCUCAAAUGCCUCAAGCACACUUUGGAGAAAGGGAAUAGUCUAAUACCAUACAAAAAGAUGUAUUACUUCCCCAUUACACCACGUUUGCAAAGACUUUAUGCAUCGUGUGUUACAGCUAAGUAUAUGACUUGGCACAAUGACCAUGCAAAUGAUGAUGCGAUGAUGCGUCAUUGUUCAGAUGCUCUUGCUUGGAAGAAUUUCAAUCAAACUCAUCCAACCUUUGCAAUGGAGGCUCGAAAUGUAAGACUCGGCCUUUGCACUUAUGAAUUUCAACCAUUUGGUCAAUCUGGGCAACAAUAUUCCUCAUGGUCAGUAAUAUUAACUCCAUACAAUUUGCCAUCAGGUAUGUGUAUGAAAGAUGAGUACAUGUUCCUGACAAUUAUCAUACCUGGUCCCAAGAAUCCAAAAGAGAAGCUUGAUGUGUACAUGCAACCAUUAGUGAAGGAAUUGAAAGAACUGUGGGAAAUUGGUGUGAAUACCUACGAUGCUUGCCAGCAGAAUAAUUUUACUAUGCAUGCUGCUUUACUUUGGACUAUUAGUGACUUCCAUGCUUAUUCAAUGCUUUCAGAGUGGAGCACAGCAGGACGAACUGCAUGUCCCUACUGUAUGGAAAACACAAAUGCAUUUACAUUAAAAAGGGGGGAAACAAACAUGGUUUGA